AUGGCAGAAAUCUAUGUUGUUCCUUUCUACAGUGACCAAAUUGAAGUGACUGUUACGAAGAAUGCUGUGGUUGUUAAUGAUUGGAUUCUGGAAACCCUUCAUCUUCGGAAAUCCAAUAAACUUAUUGUUGGACUUGAUAUCGAGUGGCUGCCCUGUUUUAAGCCAGAGGAAAAUCACCCAGUUGCUCUUCUCCAGCUCUGUGUAGGACGGCGUUGCUUACUAUUCCAACUUCUCCACAGAAACGGCCUUCCAGCAUUCCUCGCCAAGUUCCUUGGAGAUCCGAAUGUCAAGUUUGUUGGAGUCGGGGUUAAAGGAGACGCGGAGAAAUUGCUUCGCGAUCAUAAGCUGUUUGUGGCGAAUACUGUGGAUUUGAAUCGAUUGGCAUUAUCGGUUUACGGAGAGCAAGUGUAUGGGAAGAUGGGAUUGAAGAGAAUGGCGAAAGAGGUGCUUGGGAAAGUGAUGGAGAAGCCAAAGAAUGUGACAUUGAGUAAAUGGGAUGCAGAGGAAUUGGUGUAUGAACAAGUUGAAUAUGCUGCUAUUGAUGCUUUUAUGUCGUUUAAGAUCGGCAGAAAUUUGCUUAAUUUAGUGUGGAAGAGAGAAAGAGAGAGCCGCCCUCUCCCUCGUCUGCAAUAUUUGAAUUGUCAUUAUCAACCGCCAUUGUUGCUGCUGCAAGGCAUGUUUCAAACAUUUGCUCUGUUUUGAGUCUGAAAAUAUACUUGAAAGAAAGUGAUAUUUAGAUAGUAUUUGUUUCUUCUUUUUUGGAACAAUUGUAAU